CCACCUUCCACAUAGAUGCAGUGUCCAGCGGUGCCGGUGGAGGUUCCUACAAUAUAGGAUCCGCUCAGUGGAGAUCUUCUAUAUAAGAUCCUUCUCCUGAUUGACCUGUCAAGUAUGGAUAGAGACAAGGACAAGAUGGCAGAGAGUAUAAUAAAUCUCACCCUAGAGAUCCUCUUCCGGCUUACUGGAGAGGACUACACAGUAGUGAAGAAGACCUCUAGUGAGCGCUGUCAGGCCCCUGUAUCUGAAGGAUGGGAAAGAACCCUGAGCCCAAUCAUGGAGCCUCCACUUCACCCCCUGAUACAUGAGGAAAUCAAUAGAGAGAAGAUCCUAGAACUCACCAACAAGAUGAUUGAGCUGCUGACUGGACAGGUUCCUAUAAGGUUGGCAAAUAAACCUAUGAGAGAUAGUCAAGAGAGUCUCUCUUUUGACGAUUUGUGUGAGAGCCGUCACCGUUUGGGCUGCCCUGAGGACAAAGUUUGGGGAGGAGGCUGGGGACCCCAUGCAAACCUGUGUUAA